GUCAACGCGAACAGUGUCAAUGUCAAUAUGUUUUCAUGCAAAUUCUUGUUUACAAACAACUACUCUGUAAUCUGUGCUGUGAGGUUAAUCGUGAAAAUAUAUAAAUAUUACCCAAAGAUUAUUGAGAUUAGCCUUUUUCAGCGAAAAUGAACGUAGAUGGCGAGGAGAGAUAUAAAAGUGAACUAAUUUGUGCAAUAUGUGGUGCAGCUCAUUCUACCGUGUCUUGUGAAUAUGCAAACUUUACUAAUCAUAUUUUCAAUCAAACAUCUCCAACUAGGGCACGUUUAUCUUUACCCAAAGAUUUCUCAUUAUAUACUUUGGCUGAUGGGAGAUACAAGGUUGUAACAAAUAAAUUCAUUCAAAGAGGAACUCGUUUUGGCCCUUUAGAGGCUGCAAAAAGUUUUACAUUGAACCCAACUAUUCAUUUUCCACUAAAAAUUUUUCCAUUUGGAGAUGACAAUUUCCUAGAGUAUUACUUGGAUACAGAAGAUCAGGACACUUCAACUUGGAUGAUAUUUGUUGAACCAGCAGAAAACUAUGAAGAACAGAAUUUGAUAUGUUAUCAAGAGGAUCAGUAUAUAUUUUUUUUAUCAAUAAAAAAUAUUAACGCAAGUGAAACACUUAAAGUUUGGUAUGGCCCCCAUUAUGCAAAAAAAAUGUGUAAACCAUUAUUGGAAGAAAAAUCAGUUCAAACUAUUUCAUCAGAUACCCCAGAGCUCGAUCAACUUGUGAGAUUACAACAAAAUAUUCCUGAUGUGGACAGUUGGACAUGCAAGUUUUGCAAUGCGAUUAUUACUGAAAUAACGAAAUUUGCAAAUCAUUUGAUCGUAGAGCAUUAUAAAACACAAAUAAAAAAAAAAUGUAGAGGGUGUAAGGCUACCUUCAGAUCAAGAAAGUGCCUGUGUCAACUCCUCGUGAAGAGUACAUACAGUAAUAAGAAAAAACUGACAACAUACGAAACAGCGGAAACAUCAUCAGAUGUGUGCAAAGAAGCAUCAAUUGGAGGCCCUCUUUUGAACAGCACUGUAUCACCCGAGAAUCUAGAGAAUUCUGAUCUCAUUAUUCAAACACCUUCAAGUGAAGAUACACAGAUGAUGGUCGUAGAAAACUUUAAUACUGAAAACUUAUUGGUGACUGAAAAUUUCAGAACAAUGGAUUAUUUCAAUUUCGAUAUCGAGGAGGUGAAGGAAGAAAUUGUUUGUGACGUUUGUUUCAAAAAUUUCUCCACAUUACCCAACCUGAUUCAACACUUGAAAGGACAUAGAGGAGACUAUCAUUGCUCUGGAUGUAAUAAGGUUUUCAGCAGAAAAGAGAAUUUAACCCAUCAUUCUUGCAAUGUGAAUUUGAUCUUCCACUGUGAAUCUUGUUCCCGUUCUUUUUCACAGAAAAAAUAUUAUCAGAGGCACAUAGACACAGUACAUAAUUAUAAAUUCAAAUGUCACAAUUGUCAUAAGAACUAUGCCAACAAAUUUGAAUUGGACUUACACAACUGCAAGCUGCGAUUAAAUCAAUGUCAAAUGUACUCUUGUGGAAUCUGCAAAAAAGUAUUCUCACAGCAACGAUACUUGAGAAAACAUGUUUCAAGAAAACAUGAGAAUAACAGAAUUUUUAUCUGUGAGGUCUGUUCAAAACAGUAUACUACAAAAGUGUCCUAUGAACUACAUGCCCAAACUCAUAAAAAACCGCAGUUCAAAUGUGAAAUAUGCCAAAAGGAAUGUCAUCGUAAGGAUAUUUUCAAGGAACAUAAAGUGAAUGUUCACAUUAAUCAGGUAUUCAAAUGUGAUUUAUGUAGCAAAAAUUUCAAGUGUAAGAAAUAUUUAUUGCAUCACAAGAAGACUCAUAAGAAAAUCAAACACAACUGCAACAAUUGCAGAUCCUCCUUUCAGACGAAAUCAAAUCUAACGAGACAUAGUAAAAUUCAUCAGAAAAAUGGAAGCGUUCCUGAUGGUAAAUUAUUACAUCAAUGUAAAUAUUGUGGAAAACGAAUGAAAUUGAGUAGUUCUCUUUUGAGACAUAUACGUAAUAAACAUUCGUUAGUAAACAGUGUUUCACAAGAAAUGGUGGAAAAAGGGGCAUCAGGAAAAGAUGCUCUUCAGUUCUUAGGUGGUGGCUUGGAUCUAACGACAGACACACAGGAUAAUAUCGAUUUGAUUACUGAUGAAGACAUGGAUGAAUUAGGAAGGAAACAUAUUCAAGUAAUCGAUAAUAUUUUACUCAGAAAAAGUGAAGAAAUGGGUCUGGGGCUUAAUAAUUACAUUUUAAACUCUAAUGAUACCACAUCAAAUCCUCUUACGAAACCCAACAAAAUGGGAAAAUGUUCCACCAGUGAAAUCGAAGAGAAGGAAGUGCUCUUGUCGAUGCCAGAUUUGAUGGAGAUUGAAAAUGAUAUAAUUUUAGGUAACUCAACUUCAACUCAUUAUGGCAUACAACCUACCUCCGCCAGAAAAACUUAAUCUUGAAGGGGACAAUUAGUCAGUCGCUUUAUCAUGGGAAAGCUGGAAAAGAUCUUCGCUAAUUUAUUUUGAAGCUGCCUAUAUCACGAAUGCAUCUAAAAAGAGGGCAACAUUAUAAGUUGUGGAUGGUACCGCGCUACGAGAUAUUUUCUACAAUCUGCCUGGCGCGAGUGGAGAUGAUACUGAUGUGUUGGUGUUGGCUAUUAGGAAAUUUGGCACAUUUUCAGGCAUUUUAGGCAGUAUCGUUACCAUAGUUCUAGUUUUAAGUUUUGUUUUUCAUAAUAAUUAUUCAUAAUAACCUAUUGAGAAUAUUGUCAUAUUGCUAAUCUUAUUUCACUUGGGUUUCUGACUUUCACAACCGAUUUUACUUUAGGUAUGUAUUCAAUAUGAUUUUCCAUAAUUUUUAAUGUUUCUAAUGACAUGUUCUUCUUUACUUUAGGUUAAAAUCUGUUAAAAGUUUCAAGUGAGAAUAAAGAAUAUUAUAGAUA